UUCAUUUUAUCGGUAACCCAGUGAAAACUCGAGUUGUGCGCAGUUUUUCGUCAGCCCGUCUUGUCGUCACCGCAGCCGCCGUCGUCGUCGUUCGCCGAUAACAACAAUAUUUUCCCGCCAUAAUUUAGCUUAAUUUUUUUUGUUAUACUCGGUUGUAUAAUUUUUUCGCUCGACACUUAACUCAUUUCGCAACAUGAACAAGUUCGCGGUGUUCGCUGUGGUCGUGUUGGUGGCCAAAUUGUCGUGCGGUUCGCCGGUAUCGCAACAUGGUUCGGACGGCGGCAGUACAGACAUGAAUAAACUGCACGUGAUACACGAGGACGAACUCAUCCAGAAGCUCAAUACCAAGUGCAGUGCCAAGGACGUGUCCAGCUGCGUCAUGCUGAAACUGGUCACCUACAUGAACAAGCUGAUGAAGAAGAACAACUUCGAGAUCGGCGAGAUGAUGGAAAUCGCCAAGAAGGACGACGGUAAAACAGACGUGUCCGCCGCCUCCGACGACGUCGAGGUGGUGCGCAUGGAUUCGGGUCGUGGAUACUCCGACGAGUCGGUGUUCGGCGAAGUGAUGGCUGACAAGCUCCGCAAGUACGUCCAGUCCCGGUCCCUAAAGAUCAAGGUGCUGCCCGAAGCCGACUUCGUCGUGUCCACGUCCCCGGAACAGGACGGUUCCCUGAACUUCGGCAUGUCGUUCCGGUCAGGAAGAGACUUGGAAUCUGGUGAGCGCACGCAUUUUUUUUUUUUACCCGUUCAUAAAUACGCGUUCUGAUGUGAACAUAACACUGUUUCUGGGCUGCGUAUAUACAACAGACCGUAUCCGAGUUCAUCUCAAACCGAAACGUAGUGUAGUUGAUUCUAAGAUAUUUAGGAGUUUUAUAAACCGUUGCUUGUUAGUCCGAACCUGAUACCGUCCCAAUGAUGUUAUGAUAUCCUAAGAGUAAACCCAAAACCCACUAUCAACGAAAAACAUCGACGGGUUCCGUAUUUACACACCGCUUGGGCCGAACUCCGGAUACGGUCUCUAAACACGCGUACGGGACGAUAAAAAUCAUUUGUAUUCAGAGGUGAACAGUAAUAAAUUAUAGAGCGGUAGUCCUCGUCAUUUGCCGCGCGCCCAUAGACAAAUAAAAAGCAGCCGGUACAAACAAAUAGAAAGGACUACCGUGCACUAAAGACAUAUGAUUGAGAUAUUAUAAUGACUAAACUCAUUACAAUAUGAAACAUACCUACCGCGAUUUCGGUUUACAUUGUCCCAAUUGAAUCGAAUGAUCGAGAGCGUAACUGUAAUCCACUAGACAGGAAUAUUCUCAUUAGUGAAUUAUUUUUUUAUAACUAAUUUUCGGAUUUCGGCUUAUAAUUCCAUAAUAAUUGUAUACUACUUUAACGCUCGACAACUGCAAGCAUUUGGGUAAUAAUGAUAUUUUGCACAUUUCGAACAUAAUCGCGUGAAAGUUGAAAAUUGUAUUAUUCGUCAUUAACAAUCGAUAUAAGUAGUCGGGUUGUAUAAGUCUAAUACAAACACGACGGACACUCGCUAUAAAAAAUUAAAAAAAUAUAUACAUAUAUGUAACUGGUGUGUUCAUACACAAUCAGUUGUAUUCGAAUGACAUUAAUUAAUUAGUAUACAUAAAAAAGACAAUAAAAACACCAAAUGCUUUAUUUUUUCGAUAUGUCGUUUUUUAAAGAACUGUGUAGGGUCAUUCACCGUCUAUGUCUAUCUAACGGGCAUCAUAGUGAAGAAUUGUUUUUGUAAUUCCCAAGACAAGGAUAUUUUAAAAUGUUUUUUUUUUUUUAAUUUAAAAUAUUUUCGCAGAGAUUUUGAAAUUUUCAGGAGAUCUAAUCGUACUUAAAAAUACAAAAUAAAUGUUUUACUUUUUUUUUUUGGUCAAUCAUCGUGGAACAUUUUAUAAUAAAAACAAAAAAAUCCUACUGUUAAAACGUACAUAGGUAGUAAAAAUUGUUGUUUAAAGUCUAUUCACUAUUGGAUACGUUUUAUACAGUUGAGUACUAUUGGAAAACACAUUUUCGCUGUACAGAAACGCCAAAAUCUCUCAUUGUAAAAAACGUUUUCUUAUAAUAAUAAAGCUUUUUUUUUUAAUCUUUUUACGAUAUAAUUUAUUCAUAUCGUAUUAUUUGACCACGAGUUAAAAUUUUUAAUAAAUAGUUAUAUUUUCAGUAGAUACGAUUAUUUAACUUGAAUUAAAAAACCAGUAUCGUUUUUUUAUAAUGAAUUAACUUUUUUGAGACUAUUUUUCUUAUAAUUAUAAAAUAAUACAAUUAAUUAAUAAUUAAUAUUAAUUGAUUUAAUGAUUUGAUAAAUUUAAAAAAUAAAAUAAAAUAAAACUAAACCAUUACUUAAUUUAUUAACUUUUGAUUAUGAUAAAGAAACUAUUAAUUAUUUUUCCCUUGAAAAAUACUUUUACAUUUAGUAAAAAUUCUUCGAUUUUUUCAUGUCACGCUUUAAACGAUGUUGAUUUUUUCUUGAUGGUUCCAUCUUUGAAAUAUUUAUCGACAUUUCCAGCAGUUUCAUAGGUGAUUUUUUUUUUUUGUCAAUUUUCGUGGUAAAUAUUUACUGAAAAUGGGGAAAAACACGAUUAAUACUUACUCGGCUCAGAAAGUCAGAAACAUUUUUUUCGUUUGCGAUGAUUUAUUGUUGCUUAUACAGUGUAUAAACUAAAUCCCCCCGAAAAUAUGCCCCAUCUUUUCCGCCAUCCACCUACAACAAUAGCUCGCCCGUGAACACGUAUCGGCGCUUUCAAUUAACAUAAAAUAUUAAUAUACUUUUUUAUUUACACAGUUCCACUACUCGGCUGGAGGCGAAAAAAAAACAAUAAACGCUUCUAGAACCGUUGACGGUAAAAAUAACCGACAUUGUAUCGAUUUAUUUAUUUAUUUCACCCGGUAUUGUUUCAAUUAUACGACGGUAACUCUGAUAUCGUUUUAAACGUUUCCGACGACCAAUCGAACUGCAUUGCAACAACAAUGGCGUGGCGUAUAACAUAAUCGAAAUCCCAAAAUCGCACUACACAAAAUUAAAACGUGCACUUGCAACCUGAUAUUUUAUUAUAAACGAUCCACUGGGUUCCGCGGAUGUGCGGAAUACAUUUUUUUUAUUUAUAUGUUUACGAUAAGACGCAUAUUAGCAUUUACUUUUUCAUAAUUUCUUUGAACAACUCAUAAAACAAACAGCUCUAAAUUAAAAAUGCCAUAAAUAAAUGACGUUCAAGGUAUAAUACACUUUGCCAAUUUCGGUAUUGAGAUUUUUGAUUUCCGUCUACGUCUUGUAUAUAAUAUGCAUCGAUGUCAAACUCAAAUACAUGUAUGUGCGCUACGGAAGGUCUGAAAAAAACGGCCGCUGAAACGGUACGUUUGCGACCCAGUAAUAAUAGCCGACGAAAUAAUAACACGAUCUUUCGUCAUUAAUAAUACAGGCAAGGUAAGUGCCUGUUGUGUUAUUUCGUUGUUUCGCAGACGACCGCGGCGCGUGCAGUCGUCCGUCGUCUCUGGGACGUGUUCGAAAAAUAUUACACAGGUAUCGAGAUUCUCGAGAAAUUGAUUUCGCGCCCGUUCGGAAAGUCGUCGUUUCGUGACCAAUACACAAUAAUAUUAUUCCGGUGUACCUAUAUAUAAUAAUAUACCCAUUUAAACCGUUCGGUUUUUGAGUUGAUUAAACGUUCCCACAGAAUACCCGUCCGUCACAUACGUCCAUCGCCGUCUGUCUCGACCGUACAUCAGGCCGUACCUAUACCUAAAUAAUGUUAUCGUUCUGAAAUUCUCUUGCCCGCGGUAUUUUGUACACGUACCUACGUGACGGGAACUAACGAUUUGACACAUCGAUUCUCUCUCGUCAAUUAUCAUCAAGUACACGCACACACACGCACACGUACAUACAUGUACAACACACAUGCAACCGCAACAUAGUACACAGACACACAGACACAGACGCAGACACACACACACACACACACACACACACACACACACACGCACACACACGCACUCACAACAAUACACUGCGAUAACUAGGUUAAACACAAUGCACUUUUCUUUUCGAAUUAUUAUAUUUUAACGUUUAAUUUUCGUCGACGACAAUAAUAGAAAACGAUUAUUACCCAUGGGCGGGCUGCACGAAGAUUCCUUAUAUUACGGUCGCAUCGGCUACCGCGCGGUACUGAGCAGUAUGUUCCUACACAUAUAUUGCAAUAUUAUUGCUAUAAAUAUAACACAAAUAGACGCUGUAAAUUCAUAGAGAAACGGUUAGAACAUAUUAAUCAGUUUAAGUAUUCGAGUGUAGGCGGUAUUUCAAAAACCGUUUUGUACUCAGCCCUUCACGCGAGCGAUUAUGCAUAAUAGGUAGAAUAUAUUAUCUAUACGGCUAUAUAAAACGGUUAGUAAACUUCUAUACCAAAACAAUAAUAAACACAUAGAUCUUUCACAACGAUUAGAUAUUUGGAAACUCCCGCGGUUUCAGUAACUAUAUUCUUUUUUCUCCCGAUCGUCUGGCUGGUUGCCGACGCCUUCCUUCGGUGAGGUUACAAGCUGGUUCUGAAAAAAAUCAAAAUGUAUUCAUUAUUAAUCAAGGUUUCCACUAUGUAGCUACGCCUUUUUUUAUGACAAAUUUGUUUAUCGGAUAUCGUUUUGUCCUUUCUGACUUUAAUUCUACGCCAAAGUUCUUGGUUUUCAUUUAUUCUUUGUUAUUUACUCCCUUGUUUUGUUUGUUACUAUUUCUGUUCAUCGUGUAUCGAAACAACAGUUAGUGUAAUAAAUUAUUAUUAUAUUUUUUUAAUUCGUUACACGAUUCGAUGAAUUUGCUGAUUUGUAUAAAAAACCUAUACAUAUAGUUGUAAUUUAUAUUGCAGUUUACUUGUUGUCAGUAUGAACUUCGACUAGAUAUAUUUACUAGAUACUAGCAAACUUUGUGAGAGUUUAUUCUUUCAAAUAAAAAAUGUCGACACUGAUCACAUCAUAUUUAGUAUUAGUUCAGAUAAUGUGAGUAGUGUAGCAAUACUUUGGACAGAAAAAUGUAUGACUUUUCCAGUGAUUUUAAAGGCUUUGAUUAUGAGGAUUUUAAAUAAUUUCGUGACAUUAUCGAUAAUUAAUUAUAAAAAAACAAAAUAAAUUGGUUUUUUGUUUUAUGCGUUUUUAUUAGCUUUGAAAAAAAAAAAUAAAAAAUAAGAUACUUCCUAAAAAAUUCUCGUCGAAUAACCGUAACGAUAUCAAAUUAACAAUAUGUUACGUAUCGAUUGUCCGCAGGCCGAGGCAAGAACAAGAACAUGGGCCCAAUGAUGGCCGCCAUGAUGAUGAAAAUGGGUAUGCUCAAGGUUUUGGCUUUCAAGUUCCUGGCCCUGUUGGUGGGAAAAGCCCUGCUGGUCAGCAAGCUUGCGUUCCUGUUAGCCACCGUUAUCGGGCUGAAGAAACUGUUCAGCCAACAGAAGCACGUCACGUACGAGGUGGUCGCCCAUCCGCACCACGAGGCGCACAGCAGCGAUUCCUACAGCUCGGCCGGAUGGGGUCGUUCCUCGUCGGAAGCCGCACACAACAUGGCCUACUCCGGACAGACCCAAUAACCGGCCGCGCAUGGUGAGUGACUGGUAUUUUUUCUUUUUGAUUCUGGGACGACGUGCCUUCUAUUUAGUUUGACGAGAUUUUCGGCCCCCGCGGCGCAGACCAUCGUCGUUUUCCAAACUUAGUAUAAUAAACGGUUAAACGGAACGACUAAAAUACUUCGAAAAAAAAAAAAAAAAAAACAAUAUUCAACUAAGAAGUUAUUUAUCUCCGGACGAAUAAUUCGAAUUUGUCUAUACAAUAAAGUGUUAGUCGUGAAAAUACAACAGCCUACUUAACUGCGGAUAUUUAUCCAGUUGAACAAUUUUUAGUCGACAAAAGUACAUAAUAUUAAUACAAUUAUUAUAGUUAACCGGUAUCGUACUGGUAGACUGGGUCAUAAUCAUUAUGACAGACAGCUAUUCAAUUAGAUUUUUUUUCACCAUUCGAUACAAUUUAUAAAAUAUUUAUACAGCGAUUUUUUUAACCGAAUAAAUCACCCGUAUUACAAAAAAGUUGAUUAGUUUUUUUUCUCGGAAAACACUUUUACGAUUUGUAAAUAUGCUUUGAUUUCGACGUUUCAAUUUUUUCAUGUAUAAUAGGUAUAAUUAAAAGAUGUGGAAUUUCUGCCCGACAGUGGUAAUUAUUAUUUGAACAGUUUAUCGAAAUUUCCAAUAUAGUUACCGCCCUCUGGAUAUUUUUAUUUUGUAUUUUUAUCGAUUACCGGGUUACCUUUAGGCAACAAGAGGAAACAAUUACUAAUACCACUAAGCUCAGAAUUUUUUUUCUUUUAUAAUAGUUUAUCGUUGCGUACUGCGUAUAAUUUAAAUUACUUUGAAUACACCUGCACUAUACCUUCCAAACUGCUCGCCUACAACUACUACAGUGACCUACUCGUGAGCGUUGUCGACUUUUAUUUUGUUUCUCAUAAUUCUAUUUUAAAUUAAUUUCAUGUAAUUGCGCGUACAAGCGGAAAUUAGAUUAAUUCUUCUAUCCGGGAUAUUUUAAAAUGCGUUAAGGUACAUGCGUUUAAGCAGAACUACACAAGAACAACGAAGAAUAAUAAACAUAACGAUAACUGUGCCAGAGUGCUUAACACCUGUGAAACGGUCGUUAAUAGAGCUUGAAUAAUUAAUGUGUUUUAUAUGUUUUUUUUUUUUUUUUCACAUAUAGGUUACCCCGGAAGAACGACGAACCCGAGUCCUUCCGCUACUCAAUACUCACACGUCGGCGGCGUCAGCUCGUCCGACCACAAAGCCACGUUCUUUUGACUUUGUCGGAAAGCCAAAAAAAAAAAAAAAAAACAAGAAAAAUUCCGUUAAUUAUUUAUAUGUAUUAUUAUUUUUAGGUAAUUUAUUAUUAUCACAGGAUUUUUAUAUUUAGUGUUUUUGUACACGUUCGCCGUUUUCCCUGUAGACCACCACUGUUUUAUAUUAUAAUGCAUCAUUAUUAAUUGUGAACCGGUGUAUUACAGUGGAUUUCGGCGUGGCGUUAAAACUGUAUUUAUUUAGAUUGUUAAUAUUUAUUAUUUAUUCGUGAUCGAAAAAAUGUAUUAUCAUGAUGUUUGUAUUGUACGCAUUUCAUAGUAUUAAAAUGAAUUCAUUUUUUAAUACGUGUUUUAACGCGAUUUUUUUCGUCGAAGAACAACAGGAGUGAGACUUUAUGUAUUUAUGUUUUUUUUUUUUUUUUUAUGAAUUAAACCGCAGACAUAAUAUUAAUAUUAUGAUAUAAUAUUGAUGUGACACAAUAUUUGUAUGCCCCCACGACAAAGUUACGAACAGGUUGUACUGUUGUUUUCAAGUAACACGAAUUAUAAACCGAAUGAAUACAAAUAAUUACAAAUCGGUGAGUUUAAUAUAGCCGGUACCGAAGAAUCAAUCAGUUAUAAAAAAAAUUCACACGCAUUCAUAAGAAAAAAAAAAAACACAGGUAUGAUAU